UUUUUUUUUUCCUUGUCUUUUUGUAUCACUAUUAUGACUGAUUCCCAAGCAAAUAGACGUAGAAGCUGUCAAAAAGGUUUAGUUGCUUUAGCAGCUUCUACAUUACCGCCACCUGUCAACUUUGAUUCAUUACGAGUUCCCGAGCAACAACUUUCUACCAUUCGAAGUAAACAAGUCAAACAGUUUUAUCAUCAACAAAAUGAUAUGAUCGAUCGAUUUAUGGAAGUAGAUCGUGUCAUUGAAGCCCUCAAACAUGGUGUAACCCCAAAAGAAUAUGGUGCCUUACAAUGUCCUCAGACUUUUGACGAAGAAACACCAAAGGCUAGUUUAUUACAACAUCACCAAAGAAAUGACAUGUCAACAGAUGAAACUGCACCUUUAUUAUCGUCUUCGGAAAUACAAGUAUCAGGCAAUGAAAAACGAUCACCUUUGUGGAUAAUUCACUUAGCUAUCAAUCUCUCAUUUGUCGCUAAUCUUGGAUUAUUUGCUACCAAAGUAUUCUUGGCAUUGUUUUCUGGUUCUAUGGCCAUCCUUGCAUCGGCAUUUGAAAGCUUUUUGGAUAUUGUCAGCAAUGCCAUCAUCUUUUUUACUGUUCGUAUUAUUCGAAGAAAGGAUUAUUAUACUUAUCCUGUUGGCAAGUCACGAAUGGAACCCUUGGGUAUUAUUGUAUUUGCUGUGAUCAUCACUACUUCAUUUUCUCAAGUAUUGAUGAGCUCAGUUCAACGAUUGACAAAUCCUGAAAAGGCAGGCGAAGAAUUAGAUCUCAGUAUAGGUGCUAUGAUUCUACUUUUUGUCAAUAUUGUGAUCAAGGCAAUUCUUUGGUUUUGGUGUGCAAGAAUCAAGGGAAGUUCAAGUGUCACUGCUUUAGCUCAUGAUCAUGAAAAUGAUGUUGUAUUCAGUAUUGCUAGUACUAUUUUCCCUAUUGUUGGUAUUUGGGCCAAAAUGCCAUGGUUGGAUCCUGUGGGUGCUAUCAUAUUAUCUCUUUAUAUUAUAUAUGAAUGGAUGCAAAUCUUAUUAGGUAAGAUAAAGUAAAUGUUAUUAUUAUUAUUAUUAUUACUAAAGAUAUUACAUUUAUUAUACGGUAGAAAAUAUCCGACGAUUGACAGGACAGGCAGCUAGUUCAGAAGAUUUGAA